ACUCUUGAGCUUCAAAUUGCGCUAAAAACAUCAGAUUAUAUGCUUUUGGGUCCUUUUAAAAAAUUAUAAUUGCAUUUGAUCAAAGCCAUGGCUACUAUUCCCUUGUCUAUUUUUUCACAAAACCAGAAGGAAAAAGGAAAGAAGAUUGCUCUUCACCAUGUAUUUGUUCUCCUUUCCCUCCUCGUUCUUGGGCCGGAAGGUAUUGGAAAAGGAAGAAAUGUAAGGUGAGAAAUAAGAAUAUCGAAGAAACAGACAACAUAGACAAUUUCCAUCUGUGUCUUUCCUUAUCAAAUAUCGGGUUCGGAGGACGAUAUCGGGAGUCACAACACAUUUCGGGUUUUUUGUUUUAGUUUUUUGGGGGUAGGGGGGAGGGAGGGGGGUUGCUUUACCAGGACAGAAAGGCCAAGUACAGUGUAAGCUUAACACUCAGACGGUCAGACCCCUUUCGUUUUCUUGGUCCGAAUCUCUGCGCAAAGUUAUCGGUACAAACUCCGGAUCCCACACAGACAGCACUCUUUUAAUUAACGGGUCAAGUCCCCAUAGUAUUUAGCUCCCAGGCACAGGCUGACGCAACAACGUUAACAUUCCUUUUUUAGUAAGCCGGUUGGUUCUCUGCGACAACCGUACAAAAGCCGUAAUCCCCACUCCUUAGGGUUUCCCUUUAUAGUAGCCCUUACAAACCACACACGCACGGACGCAACGCACCCACCCUCUCUCUAUGGUUCUUGGACUUUUGCUGAAAGCUGAGCGAGCUUUGAAAACUCCGAGACACGAAAUCGUCAAGUUUGAGAUGCUUAGACUUACAUCUAUGCACUACGGGAUGAAUCUGAAAAUGAGUUUUGUGGAUUACUGCUGAUUGGGAACUGUGGCCUUUUACUGCACCAGUUUGUGGCGGUUGGUGGUAGAGGUGAAUUCUAUCAGAAUCUUAUUAAGUUCAGACUCUCAAUUUUUUAUAUGGAAAAUUGAGCACUUGUUUGGAUGGUUUCGAGUGUUUCACCGCGAAAGACAAAUCCAUGAGGAGCUUUGAGGGUCUUGGGCGUAGCGGCGAGGAAAGAUAAAGGGGAAAUGAAGACUUUUCUAGCCACUGUCAAUUUAUAGGUCUCUAGGAUCCUAACUUCAGUUUCAAAUUUCGUUUUGAUCUUAAGAUGGAUUACCCCCUUUUUUCUAAAGAAAAAGGGACUGGAUUUUGGGCAUCUUCAAAAGUUCAGAUGGAGAAUUUGCUUUCAUUUGAUGGAACAAGGAACCUUAAUUCGGAGGAAAACUUCACGGAACUCAUGAAUUUUGAUACAUACGCUGGGUGGUGCAACAGCCCUGGAGCAGCCGAUCAGAUUUUCCCCUCUUUUGGAUUGUCAUCGUCUGCGUCAAUGCCUCAUGGUGCAUCAUUGGAUGCUUUGAAUUUCACAGAACAGAACACCGGUGCAUUUCCGGUGAACGAAAGUCAUGGAAAUUUCAAUCCUAUCGAGAAUUCUUUCAAUUCUGGAGAUAAAAUGAUGUUUCAACAGAUGGACACCCGGUAUGGCUUCUCAAUGGAUUCCAACGACACAAAUGACGUAGCAGCUGCACAAAAUACCCGUUCUUUUCAACAAAAUAAUAUAUUGAAUAUAGAAAAUUAUAUUAUUCCUAGGCCAUUUAGUUUGUCAGUUGAUGAGAAGAUGCUCAGGGCGUUGUCUCUGUUCAAAGAAUCAUCCGGUGGGGGCAUUUUGGCACAAGUUUGGGUUCCCAUGAGGCUCGGUGAUCAUUAUGUCUUAAGCACCAGUGAGCAACCCUAUUUGCUUGAUCAAAUGCUUGCAGGGUAUCGUGAAGUUUCAAGGUUGUUUACGUUUUCAGCAGAAAGGGGAUCUGAUUCUUUCCUUGGGCUUCCUGGUCGUGUGUUUAUUUCCAAGGUUCCAGAAUGGACUUCGAACGUCAGUUAUUACAAUAAGAUUGAGUACCUGAGAGUCGAUCAUGCAGCUAACCAUGAAGUCCGUGGAUCUAUUGCCUUGCCAGUUUUUGAUUCUCCUGCGAUGUCCUGCUGUGCUGUGUUGGAACUUGUCACUACCAAAGAGAAGCCCAAUUUUGACAAAGAGAUGGAAAUUGUUUGCAAUGCGCUCAAGGCUGUGAAUUUAUCAACUGCUGCACCUCCUCGACUUCAUCCUCAGUGUCUGUCGGUGAACCAAAGAGCUGCCUUAGCAGAGAUAAUUGAUGUCUUACGUGCUGUAUGUCAUGCACAUAGAUUGCCACUAGCUCUGACAUGGAUUCCUUGCUGCUACACUGAGAGAGCUGGUAAAGAAAUUACAGGAGUGCGGGUAAGAGAGGGUAAAACAAAUUCUAAUGAGAAAUAUAUACUUUGCAUUGAGGAGACAGCUUGCUAUGUUAAUGAUCGAAUGAUGGAAGGUUUUGUACAUGCAUGUUUGGAACAUCAUCUUGAUGAAGGGCAAGGUAUAGCUGGGAAAGCACUUCAAUCCAAUCAUCCCUUCUUCUUUCCUGAUGUGAAGACUUAUGACAUAAGUGAGUAUCCACUUGUCCAUCAUGCACGCAAGUUUGGGUUGAAUGCAGCAGUCUCGAUCAGGCUAAGGAGCACCUACACUGGUGAUGCUGAUUAUAUACUGGAGUUCUUUCUCCCUGUCAGCAUGAAGGGUAGUUUGGAGCAGCAACUCUUGUUAAACAACCUCUCAGGUACCAUGCAGAGAAUAUGUAAGAGUUUGAGGACAGUUUCUGAUACGGAAUUAGCUGGCGCAGAAAGCUCUAAUGUUGCAUGUCAGAUGGGAGCAGUCCAGAAGUUUACACCGAUGACUAAAAGAAACUCUCAAGAAAUGUCAUCAGAUAGUGAUGUGAAUUCAACCGAGAAAUUACCUGAGAAGAUACGUCAGAAAGUAUCUGAUGCAAGUAAUGAUGGAAUUGAGGCAGAUAGUCCUCAUGAACAAGUACUGUUCGCGAGAAGUGGAUCAAGAAGGCAGGAGAAAAAGAGAAAUACAGCAGAGAAAAAUGUGAGCUUAAAUGUUCUUCAGCAAUACUUCUCUGGGAGUCUUAAGGAUGCUGCAAAAAGCAUAGGCGUUUGCCCCACUACUCUCAAAAGAAUAUGCAGACAACAUGGAAUUUCAAGAUGGCCCUCCCGUAAGAUAAAUAAGGUGAACCGUUCAUUAAGGAAAAUACAGACUGUACUUGAUUCUGUUCAGGGGGUGGAGGGAGGAUUGAAGUUUGACCCAACCACUGGGGAAUUUGUUGCAUCAGGCUCCACAGCCCAGGAAUCUGAUUCACAGAAAGGUCUCCUCUUCCAUGACACAGAUAUGUGUGGCAAAAAUGCCAUGCCAGCUACCCAAAAUGCAGUUUCAGUACCUUCAACACCUGGUGUGAGUUCUCUAAUCAAGCCCGAAGUGGAUGACUGUUCUAUGGGAAACCAAGUAGGGCCCUCAAGUGAGCUCCCUAUAAAUGCUUGUGAAGGUGAACUUGAUAAACCCAGUGCCUCUUGGAUUGAUUGUAGUGAAGAUUCAAACAUAGCUGCAAUAGAUGCUGUAUCAUGCCAGCUGGCUAGCCUUGAAACUGCUCCUCUGACUUCUUCAGAAAAUGCCACCUUGGGCUCUUAUGUUGUGGAUAGAGAUGAAAAAUGGGGUCUGAAAAGGGGUAGCUUGAAAUUAGUAGAUUCUGAUUUCCACUUUGUGCCUCGAAGUUCCAUCUCCUUGGCUGCUGCCAACGAAAUGCAUACUGGAGUUGGUGGGACUGCUGGGAUUGUUGAACAUAACCAGCUUACUUCUUCAAGUUUGACAGACUCAUCAGACGGUGCUGGUUCAGUGAUGCAUGGUAGUUCAUCAGGCUCUCAGAGCUUUGAGGAGCAGAAGCAUUCUAAAGUCAAAACAAGCUGUGUUGAUGGUGGCUCCAAAAUUACUGUGAAAGCUACUUAUAGAGAAGAUACAAUCCGGUUCAAGUUUGAGCCUUCAGCUGGGUUUUUCCAACUGUAUGAAGAAGUUGCAAAGAGGUUCAAGUUACAAAACGGGACAUUCCAGCUAAAGUAUUUAGAUGAUGAAGAGGAAUGGGUGAUGCUAGAGAGCGAUUCAGAUCUUCAGGAGUGUCUUGAGAUUUUGGAUGAUAUCGGCACACGUAGUGUGAAGUUCCUAGUUCGUGAUGUGCCUUUUACUAUAAGCAGCUCUGGCAGUAGCAACUGUUACUUGAAUAGAGGAUCAUAGUAUGAGGAUAAUAGUCAACUCGGUGAGUGGUAUUUGAGUAGUCUGGAUUUUGUAGUAUUUUGAUCAAUCUCUCCACGCUCCGACGGGUGGUUCUAGUUCACAUGCAUGGAUUUCUGAGAAGGUAGGAGGCAUUCUGUAGAAAUGAGCCCGAUGUCUCAUAGAAGUUAGUGCUUUUUUCCUUACAUCUCUUGCACUGCCAAUCAUGAGAUGGGGCAUCACCGUGGGUUAAAUUUGUUGCCAUAUUUCAAAGAAACUCCUAGUCUGAAAUGUAACGAUAGAGGUCUUGUAUAUUGGGGGUUGCCCAUGUAUCUUCUUAUAUAUAGGUCUGUUGUAUAUUGGGGGUUGCCCAUGUAUCUUCUUAUAUAUAGGUCUGUAUAUGGUAGAAUUUGCAAUAAAGGUUGUAGCUUUAGGAGUGUGCAGGUAUACAGUAUACUUCUCUGCAGAGAUCUAAUCCCAGUCUGUAUAUGUUUUACAUGAGAAUUAGAUGGCUUGGAGCUGUUGAUUUUGUGUUUUAGGACAUGAGGAAGAAAAAACAUUUGACUUGUUAGCAGUUCAGCAGGUAUUUUGAUCUCAUAUGAAUGAAAUUAUGUUGUGCGUGGAUGUAUUCUUUA